AUGGCAGAAGAGCAAUCAAAGUAUUAUAAGCAGGCUUUGGAAGAGUACCAAGAAAUGGACCAGGAAGAUCCUGAUGCAUGGGAUAAACGAAUUACAAACACAGGAUGCUAUGUAGAAAAUUUAGCAUUGCAACUAUGUCAUGCGGAGACCAACGAUUGGAGACAGUGUCUUGGAGAAAUGAAGCUUUUCAAAGAGUGCUGGCAAUCAAAGGGAAACGACCAUAGGGUCGGGACUGUUAACGCGCCACAACAACAACCAUAA